AACAAUAUGGCGCCGGGAGUAACUCUAGCUUUUGAUGGAGUCGUUGUCUAAAGACCGGCGAUCGGGCAGGAUGAACCUCUGCGCCCAAUAUUUGCGACAGGCAGAAGCCCUGAAGGCUGACAUGACGGAUUCAAAGCUUGGUGCCGCAGAGGUCUGGACAUCACGACAGGCACUUCAGGAUUUGUACCAGAAAAUGCUGGUGACAGACCUGGAGUAUGCACUGGAUAAGAAAGUGGAACAAGACCUCUGGAACCAUGCUUUUAAGAAUCAAAUAACAACACUUCAGAGUCAAGCCAAGAACAGAGCCAACCCAAACCGAAGUGAAGUGCAGGCAAACCUGUCGCUGUUUCUGGAGGCAGCUAGCGGAUUCUACACACAGCUUUUGCAAGAGCUCUGCACAGUUUUCAAUGUGGACUUGCCUUGUCGUGUGAAGUCGUCUCAGCUGGGUAUCAUCAGCAAUAAACAGAGUAGUACCAGCAGCAUAGUGAAGCCCCAACCGAGUUCCUGCUCCUACAUCUGCCAGCAUUGUCUUGUCCAUCUCGGAGAUAUUGCGCGCUACCGCAAUCAAACCAGCCAGGCCGAGUCCUAUUACAGGCAUGCAGCCCAGCUUGUCCCAUCAAAUGGUCAGCCCUACAAUCAGCUUGCCAUCCUGGCUUCUUCCAAGGGAGAUCACCUCACAACCAUAUUCUACUACUGCAGGAGCAUUGCGGUGAAGUUCCCCUUUCCUGCAGCCUCCACUAACCUGCAGAAAGCGCUCUCUAAAGCUCUCGAGAGUCGUGAUGAAGUGAAGACCAAGUGGAGCGUGUCCGAUUUCAUCAAGGCCUUCAUCAAAUUCCAUGGACAUGUGUACCUCAGCAAGAGUCUGGACAAGCUCAACACCCUCCGAGAGAAGCUGGAGGAGCAGUUUCAGCGGUUGAUUCUUCAGAAGGCGUUCAGCUCUCAGCAGCUGGUCCACAUCACGGUCAUCAACUUGUUUGAACUGCACCACCUGCGGGACUUCAGCAACGAGGCGGACGACCAGAGCUUCAGCUCCGACGAGCAGAUCAGCUGGUUCCAGCUCCUUGGUCUCUUCAUGUCUUUCCUGGGGGUGAUGUGCAGCCGCGUGUUGCUGAACAGGACCAGGGAGGAGAUCAUGGGGGAGUGUCCUCUCCCCGCCAUCAAAGUCUCCCUGGACUGGCUGAAGUUGCGACCCACUGUCUUCACAGAAAGUGUGGUUGACAAGAGACAAUAUAUUUGGCCUUGGUUUGUGUCUAUUCUGAACGGUUUCCAGUCCAAGGAAGAUGAUAAUUCAUGUUCAUCAGCUACCCCACUCCCUGAAGAGUUUGAGCUGCAAGGCUUCUUGGCCCUCCGUCCUGCCUUACGGACUCUGGACUUCUCCAAAGGGCACCAGGGUAUUGCUGUUGGUAAGGAUGGGCUUCUGGUACACUCUCGCCAUCAGAGACUCGUCAACCUGGGCAAGUGGGUGGCCGACAACCAGCCUGGGCUCAUCCAGUACAGGGUGAGCGACGGCGUGCUGCUGUUCGUCACGGACAUCCCCGAGAAGGUCAUCGAGGAGCCCCAGGAGAAGGACACGCCCGUCCUCCAGGAGUCCUCCAACGGGGAGCAGAUGUCCCACGAGGGCUCGCUGGGCCUCAAGUCGGUCCUGUCCGCGGGGAAGACCCAGAACAGCAGCGCGCUGGACGGCACCGAGAGGCCCGUGGUGACCUUCAAGGAGAACAUCAAGCCCCGCGAGCAGAGCCGGGAGCAGGGUCAGGGUCAGGGCCAAGGUCAAGGUCAGGGCCAGGGGCGCAACCAGCACCAGAGGGACGGCGCCAAGGAGCGCGCCGGCUACGGCAAGGGGAACGGGGCGGCGGGCAAGAACGAGCAGAAGAAGGAGGGCAAGAGGAAGAGCGAGGCCAAGAAGAACAGCCACGACAAGAUGGCAGACGCUGGGAAACAGGUGAAGACGCAGCAGACUGAGGUGCGGAAGACUCCCGUGUCAGAAGCGAGGAAGACCCCCGUCACCCAGACUCAGACCACUGGCACCUCCCAGUUCAUCCCGAUCCAUCACCCUGGGGCAUUCCCACCACUUCCCAGCCGAGCAGGUUUCCCUCCCCCGCCCUACGUCAUCCCUCCGCCCGUGGCCUUCUCCAUGAGCCCCGGGUUCACCUUCCCCGCCAGCGUGUCUGUCCCGGCUCCCUUCCUCCAGGCCACCUCCCACGGCGCCCAGCCAGCCAGCCAGGUGCAGCCUGGGAAACCCUCGCACAUUCCCUACAGCCAGCAGAGGCCCUCCGGCCCCGGUGCCAUGUCCCAGGGUCCCCCUCAGGGCCUCCAGAGCCAGCAGCCCCCUCCACAGCAGCAGGGGCAGCAGGCCCUGCCCCAGUCCAUUCAGCUCCAGGUGCAACAGCAGCAGCAGCAGCAGCAGCAGCAGCAGUCGCCCACCAAGCAGGCUGCCCAGCUGGGCAAGAGCCCACCCCACCACCCUGGCAUGCAGCAGUACAUGUCUGUGGCUGAUCAGACUGGGCAGAUGUGGAGCCAGCCCCAGGCCCAGGCCUCCAUGCAGAAGAUGGCCAUGCAGAUGGCCAUGAAGCAGCAGCAGCAGCAGCAGCAGCAGCCCCAGCAGCAGCAGCAGCCGUCACCUUUCUUCAUGCCCCCACAGGACCCGCUGAAGCUCUUCGAGCACUCCAUGUCCUCCAGCGGCCCCAUGCAGCCCCCAUCCAACAACGCCAGCAUGGUGGACAAGAAGCUGAAGUUCCCAGAGGUCAAGGUUCAGCAGGACUUCUACUGGGAGCCCCUGUACCGCGCCGCCAUGGCCGACGGCCGGGCUAGCAUGGGGGAGCGCAUGAACAAGCGGCAGCCAGGGGUGUUCUGCCCUGACCAGGAGAGCGGCCCCAGAGGCCCACCGUUUGAGGACACCAAGAGCUCUCCUCUUCUUCCUCCCGACCUGCUAAAAACUCUUGCGGACUUUGAGGAGGAGGAGGAACUGGUUUUUGCUAAGCCUCCUGGCUUCUACCAGGCUAUGUCUGCUCCUCUAAGCUCAGCUCCUAGAAGAAACAUGUUUAUGCCAAAUCCGUCUAGGAUGGAUAGUGCGGAGGUGAUGAGCCAGUCCUCUUCCCUGCUGCCCCGCUCUGGAUUCCCUAUCCAGGAGAACUCUUAUCAGAACAACAGUAUCUUCAGCGAGGCCUAUGGGAAGAACAUGGCCCCCACCCCGAAACCUGAUGUCCCCAUGAUGUACCAGGAGCACUCGCUCUACUCUCUGUUUGAAGGAAACCCCUGGUCCCCCUCCCUGCCUGCCAGUUCUGACCACUCAACGCCUGCCAGCCAGUCCCCCCACUCAUCCAACCCCAGCAGCCUGCCUUCCUCCCCACCUACCCACAGCCACCCCGGCUCACUGCCUUUCUCCAACUUCGGGCCGAUUGGCACACCCGACAGCCGGGACCGAAGAGUUACUGACCGCUGGAAGGCAGAGAAGACGGGCCCUGCAGGCUUUGGGCUUGACUACCUGCCCGCUGCCUCGUCCUCCACAGCCCCAGAGACCAGCUGGCACCAAGGGGGGCCCACCAGCAGCUGGGCCACCCAGGACAUACCCAUGGAGGACUCCUCCAACAACCUGCUGGACAGCCUCAAGUCCAUCUGGUCCAGUUCCAUGAUGCAGCCCGGCCCGUCUGCUCUGGAGCAGCUGUUGAUGCAGCAGAAGCAGAAGCAGCAGCGCGGCCACGGCCCCAUGAACCCGCCACACUGAGGAGGGAGGGGCGACAGGCCAGCGCCCGAGUUAUACACCUUCUACUGAAAAGUGAAGAGGAAGAAGAGGAUAAGUACGACGACGAUGAAGAAGAAGAAGAAGAAGAAGAAGAAGAGAUGGGGGAAAAAAAUAAAACGAGCUCCAAUCGGAAUUUACCGGCGCUAACUAGUGGCGUUAUGGAGGCUGGAGACGGCGACUGAUGCGUAGCAACAGGUUCCCACCACCAAACUCGGCUCGCCUGACCGAAAUGAGGGAGGUGCAGAACUCUCUUCUGCUCUGUCUUUCUCUCUCUCUUAUCUCUCUCUCUCUCCCUCUCUCUCUCUGUCUCUGUUUCUGUCCCUCACCCUGUGCCCAUUGAGAGGGGCAGUGAGGGCAUGCAAGCACCUGACCCAUCGCGCUGCUCAGCACGUAGCCGCAGCACGUAACUCUUGACACUGAGGAAGAGAAACACAUCUUCCUCUUUGACUGACUGGGCACCCUCCCACCCCCCAUUCCCCAGCCCCCAUGCUUCCGUGGUGGAGGGGAGUUGGGCUCAAGGCUACCUUCCUUGCUCCUUUGGGCGUCUUGACUCCCAAAGACACUACCCCCACCCCCCAAAACCACCCACUGCCUCCCAGUCCCAACUUCAUACCCAGACUCCUCUCUGACUCAUGCUCUGCUAACGGCGUCCCCUUAUGAUGUGCACGAUUCACUCGGGAGUGUGUGUUGCUGGCACACUGCACAUACCAAGAGGAGAUGUGUGUAUGUGAGUGUGUUGUGUAAGGGAGGGGGAGGUUGCUGGAAGUGAUGCUUUUAAGGGAAAAGGAAGACAAUAAUGUCAUACGGUAAAGGAGAAAAAAUGAGAAGGACUUUUUGAAUUUCCGAAGUCUGAAUUUGUUUGUUUUUCUAAAUGGAAUAGGAGGGCAGUCAGUUGUGUGCCUGGCGAUGGAAAACCGUAAGAGAAGAGACUGAACGAAGGAAUGAAUGAAUGUCGAGGAAGAAUUGUUGGUCAACGGACGAGUUGGAGAUUUGAACGUUUUGUGUGGGAAGAACGGCACCAAACACAGACACCAGAUGGCAGGAGUGGACUGGGAAAGGUCUUUUUUUUAGACAGCCACUCUGCUCACAUGAGUGGAAACGUGUUUGCGAGGGGUGCACCCACACUGCACUGUAGCCUGGGGAUGCUCUUAUAAGCUUAUGAGAUAUUACUAUAGCUCAUCAAAGAGAUAAUGACUUCAAUCGAUUCAAAAGGAAAAUAGGGGUUUAGAUCAUAGCUUAGGGUGUAGUAUUAUUAGCUACAUACAUUUGAGAUUGCAAUUAUUAACUAUACUGUAUUUUGUGACUUGUUCUGUAGAGUUUCAGCUUUCUGAAAUAUAAUUGCGUACAUAUGUUCAAUAGUUUACUGCAAAACUGGCGGAGGUCUUAAUAUAUUUGACUCUCCUCCCCUGCUUUCUCUUCUGCCUCCCCCCUUGUUUCUUUCAGUAUGUCUUUUGCUCUAGUUACCUACAUAACUGACAAACUCUCUUUUGUUUCUUGUUCUUUUUGCCUUUUACUAGUUUAAGCAGCUUUAUGAACGCUUGUGCCUGUUCAGUGUUUUUACAUUUUCUUUUCCCUUUCUUUAAAAAAGAAGAAAAAAAAGGAAGAAAAAAAUUACACAUUCUAUCUCGCGCGUGCACAUACACACACACACAGUGAUUUUUAUCCAUCAUGGCUGGCACUGCUGUAGAGUUAAGACGAGCAAACGGGUCCAGCAUCAGCGCUGCUGGUUCAGCAAUACGGGGCACACAAGCCAUCGGUGACAGUAAUCUGGGACAAGGGAGCACUUCACACAACCACUAGGUGUACUAGGAUCAGUGGACGAGCGUCUCGCCACCCUGCCUCACAGGCUGUUUCACUAACAGAAAGCCCAAGGAGUCCAAGAAAGAGGUGUGGCGCCAACCUGCAAAGUAGCUGUGUCUCUUUAGCUUCUUCAGCAGGACAGAUGGGCAUGUGGUACUAAGAAGCUGGUUCAAGAGUAAACCAGGUUAAGUUAGGAGGUAAAUCAUGUAAUAGAAGAGCCUGGAGUUUUCAUGUUCUUAAGAAAGGAAUAGAAGAAGGCUAUUCUAUUAGAUGGUUUACCUUUUAACUUAACCUGGUUUUCUCCUGAACCAGCGUCUCAGUAAUAGGCCCUAGGUCAGCAGGGAGGGGAUACAGGGUGAUAACAGCCAGCAUUGCGCUACACAGAUCAGCACAACACAUGGAACUAGUCACACUACUACUACUGACCAUGGCAUCCCCCUGUACUGUCUCUAUUCUGAGAUCCCAAGAUGGUCCGUUUUGUAGGUCAGGCGUCAGGCAUCAGAAUAGGUGCAGCAGGUGCACAUUUGUGUUGACUGUAUUGGCUGGUUUAUCUUAAGCGAUAGAUCAAGUGUUAGGAUUGAGCUGUUAUAGACCAGACAGGAUUUAUCUCCCAUUAGGACCAUUAGGUUGGCCUCUCUCUCGCUGUUAUGUGAAAGGACAGCAGCAGUCUGAAAAAAUGAGGUCGCUGUAUAUGGGGUAGAAUUCUAGGAAAUGUAUCCACAGUGGUAAUUUCUUUAUGGUUCAGACAGACAGUAAACACAUUUUUGAGGAAAAGCGUUUAAAGAAAGACUGAUUAUCUUGUAUGAGGGAAAAGUGUGUGUUUAUUUUCGCGUAGAGAACAUUUAUUAAAGACAACUUAAUGAUGUGUCUAUUUGCCGUGUGAUUGUGCUACUCUUGUUGCAUUUAAAAAGAAAUUGUACUUAAAAAUGAAACAAAUUUCAAAUCAUAUUGAUCUUAUGGGGACAAUGUAGGCCAGGUUUGACAAGCUGAUGAAGUUGAUCUGUGUUUGACAAUUUGCCUUUUUAUUUUAUUUUAACUAAUUUUAUUUUUUAUUUGUUUGUUUUUUUAUUUUACACGUUCAUGUCAUCACUGAGGGGUUUUCUUGUCCUGAUCCACUGCUCUUUAGCUGAUUUCAGAGGUGAAGUAAAAGUAUUGGUCUUGACCAGACGCCAGCAGUUUGUGCUGUACCUGUAGGUGUGGGUGUUAAGUUGGUAUUCUAAAAGCAGACCCUGGCAACCCAUUUGAAAAUGUUCUUGUUGCUGAACUGCCAUUGUUUCUGUGUACUGACUGCGCUGCAAGUGCAGCAAACUGUUUCCCCAACCUAAAUAUGGCUAUAUUUACUGUGAUGUACACCUGCGUAUUCAGAAUACAGGACUAACCCAGCACCUUGAGGCAGUUCAAACAUUCCAUUCUGAAAUCCCAACAGGGUGUUUCCACUGAGAAAACCGCCAAUUUUCUUUUUGUUUUCUUUUUUUAAGUGGUAGUAGCAUAUAGCACACAUCUAAAAAAAAUAAAUAAAUGUGGAACUUGUACCCCUGUUUAAUUUUGGCUUGCCAGAAGAGAAUGACUUUAACUUCUGCAUGACAAUAUGGCCUUCAGAAUACUUUGUGUUUUGGGUGAAGGGAGACGUUCACAUUUUUAUGAGCUAUGGGCUAUUGUGUCCCUGUGGAUGGAGGGUUCAGUUAGCAGGGUAGAGAUGUCUCCUGUUAUGGGCUUGUGUUCUAAGUUUUUGUUUUUGUCUUUCUGUAGACAUUUGGAAAUGCUGAGAUCAGCUAUGCCUUUAAUAAAGUAAACCAUGUCCUCA